GGCCGGGGCUGCGCAGUCAUGAUCACUGCCGAGGCCGUGGCGGACUCCGCCGUCCCCUCGGUGCCCGGCACUGCAGUGGCUACCGGUGUCCCGGAGCGCGAGGAGCCAGCGUGGCCCUGGAAAGAUGCCCCGAUCCGGGCGCUGGUGCAGCGCAUCCACCAGUUGCAGGCUGAGCGCGCGCAGGCCUUCCGCCGGCUGGAGGAAGGCCACCUCCAGUACCUGCGAAGCGGCCCGCCCUACGACUUCCCGCGCUACCGGAGCACGGUGCACGAGGUGACCCAGGCCUUCGCGGCCGCCUCGCGAGAGGUGCUGGCGGUGGAGACCGAGCUGGCGGGACCCAGAGGGCAGCCGCUGCUCGCGAGCCACGUGCGUAGCCUGCAACAGCUGGAGCAGACUCGCCUGGCCACGGUGGCGCUGCUGCAGCUGAUGGGGGCACCAGAGCUGUCUGGGCAGGAGAACACUCUGGAGAUGCACCAGCUGAAGAUGAAUCCCGAUGCGCUCUUGUAGGGUAAUUAAAACCAUGGAAGCAAUCAGCGAGGUUCUUCAGGACCUUAGGUUUGAUGCAGAAUCUGCCGAGUGAUGGUGGCUCCCCAGGGACACGCCGAGGGACACGGGAAAUGGCGUGAAUGGCACCCAGCCCACCCCUGGACUGUCAGCUGGCUGGGGUCAUGCUCCACCAGGUUGCUGACAGCCCUUGAGUUUGCUGUGACUCCCACAAUAAAGGACCCUUCAUUUGCA